GGCAGCAGUCGACUCGCCGCGCGCGCGCUACGAACGCGUCCGCUACGCCGUAGCCGGCUGCGACUACGUACUACGACACCUGUGACUGUGACCUGGUGACGUGUUGUGAAAAUACUACCGUGAUUUUUAUCUGAACUAGUACUUAUACAAGUGGGUGGCAAAUAAGAAUCCAGAGCUGAUAGCAGAACCAGAAACGAAUCAGACAGUCACCGAGCAAUAAAUUCGGCACGUCCGAGAGCGGAGGGAGAGUGGGGCAAAGUGGAAUAGUUGCAAUAGUUCCCAAGUUUGGAGGCACGAGUGGCAGGUGUCACGGGGACCAUGGGCCGGGGGGGUGGCGGGGGAUAGCAUGCCAGCGCCUGCCACGGCCGCCUGAUGGCGCUAGUGCGCCGCAUACUAGGUGACGCCCAGGCGAAACUCCGUAAAAUGGUGGAUGAGCAAGUGUCAGUGGGAGCGAGGGUCGAGGCGGACUCGGAGCCGGAGCCCGCUGAUCCCCUAAUCACGCCGGCCAGCUCGGCGCUCGGCCCCGACCUGGAUCCCCGCCCGAUCCCCCCCGAGCGUCGGCUGCUCAUCGGGACCCUGGACAAACGGAACGGGUCGCUCAACGGGGACAAAGAUGGCACGCUUAAUAGAACCACCAGGCUGUCCAUCAGAAAUGGGAAAGACAAUCCUUUCAUAGAUUUCCCAACUGACGACGACAAUAAAGAGAACCAAGCCAAUGGUAAACUUGAAUCCCCAGUCAAGUGGUCGACCCAAAAUGGCAGCGACAGUGGGACCUACGCCGAGAUUGGCACCGGAGGAACCAGUAACACCAGCGAGAGGAAUGUCCUGGAUCCGGCAGACAGCUCGGAGGAAGAAGUCCCUCUGCCUGAUGCGACUUCUCCGGGCAGGAGUAGCGAUGGACCGGAGCCUCGAGCUGAUAUCACUGCAACCCUCGAUGGAGAAGCAGCGUCCCCUGGCGGCCGGUCGGACAGGUCCCGGCAGGAGGAGGUCCCGGCGUCCCCUGGGAUGCUCACCGCGGCGCAGUUGGCCAGGAGGCUGAGGCUGGAAAACGAACGGUUGCAGGCCGAACUGACAAGAGUGAGACGUCUCCUCGUGGCAGCCGCUGAAAGGGGCGAAGCUGGUACGGCCCUAAUCGAGAGGGCCAAGGGCGACGGGGGCCAGGAGGAACCGGCGCUGGACCCUCAGCAGCUUGAAAAGGAACUGCUACUGGCGAGAGAAGCUGUCAAUUCUCUGAAGGCAGACAAAAAACGAUUAAAAGCAGAGAAAUUUGAUUUAUUAAAUCAAAUGAAACAGCUGUAUGCAACGUUAGAAGACAAAGAAAAGGAAUUACGAGAUUUUAUACGAAACUACGAACAGAUGCGUUCUCGAGGCGGUGCGUCAUCAGCUCUGGGAGCUGAGCGAGCGGAGCGCGAGCGCGAACGAGCGGCAUUGUUGCGCCACGCUCGCGACGAAGCUGAACGCUCGCUGCAGCUCGCCGCCGCUCUCAGCGCUCGCGACACUCAGCUGCGACAUGCCAGGGAGCAGCUGUUUGAGGCUCGAAGACAGCUCCAAGCUGCCGGUUGUCUAUCAGAGGGAGAGAGCGUCGCCUCUCUCGGCAUAGGUCCUCCAAUGAUGCUGGGACCUUCGGGGAUGAUCGGCGAUAGGGGCAGCUGCAGUGCCGACUCUGGUGUUAGAGUGAGCCCUUACUUGUCAGUAACAGGUAGCAGCGACGGUGGCGCCACCUCCGUCUGCGGCGGGAACCUGUCAGACUCCACGGCCGAAGGCGCUCCUCCGACCAUAGAUGCGUACGACACCGAUGCCAUUUCUUUGGUCUCGUCUGCUCACCACAUAUACCAACUGAGCACCCCUCGGGAUUGCAGCCCUACUCUCUCGCCACACAACAGUGCGUCUCCGUUCACGCGCUCCAUCGAUGCUGGGUCUCUCUCCAGGUCAGUUGAGCAGCUGUCAAGCCCUGGUGAAUGCGAGGCGGCUCUAGUGGGGGGCAUGAGGACGCGGGCCGGAGGGGGCAAGGGGGGCCGCGGUCGUGGGUCCGCUUGGGGGUCCAUCUCGCGAGUCUUCGCGCGAAGCAGGCAUCGCACCAAGUCCGGCAGUGCGGCUGUCAGCGGCCAUGAAAGUGAGCCGGUCUACGCCGGCACUGGCAGCACAGCGCGCGCUUGGUCGCCGCUCGGCAGCGAGGCAGCGCUCCGGGAGGCAGCUUCGCUUCCUCUAUCUCGAUGGAGGGCGCCAGCCAUCAUCGCCUGGCUGGAACUGGCGCUGGGCAUGCCGCAGUAUGCUGCUGCGGUCGCUGAUAACGUCAAGAGCGGGAAGGUGAGUCCUUUAUAA